GCUGCAGCAACACGUAGUAGUGGAGCAGUCGACGGCACCGCAACGUCGAGGAGGUACACGAAGCUGUUCAGAUAUAUAAAAGUUCUUCGUACGACGCAGCUGAUCAUUCGGCCGCAUCGCGAAGCGGAGUCUGCAUCUGCAGCGUCUCCUUCAACGAGCGUGUCCACGACCGCAUCGUCGUGUAAACAUACAGAACUAGUCGGGAGUGCGUCUGGAAGCUGAUCGAGCUUGGUUCGCUACUCAGCAUCCCCGUGGCAGAAUGAAGCUGUGUUGGAGUUUGGCUCUUGUGGCCAUCGCCCUGUUGAUGAUCUCUACGACUGCGCGAGCGGAAACAGAUGAUCUGUGGGACGAGGAUGAGGAUCAUCCUCAAACCGUUCACAAAGACGACGACAAAGAGGAGCUUCUCGUGCGCACGGUGCGCGGCACUAAGGAACGAACAUCCGGCAGCUCCUCGUCGUGCAGAUACGUGAAGGGUCAAUGGUCGGAAUGCGACUCGAAUACCAACCUGCGGUCGCGCACUCUGAACCUCAAGAAGGGCGACAAGUCCUGCGAGCAGACCAAGAUUAUCCAGAAAAAAUGCAAGAAAGCAUGCCGAUACGAGAAAGGCGCGUGGAGUGGAUGCGUGAAUCAAAUGAUGACGAGAAUCGACAAUUUAAAGGCGAACAGCGACACAUCCUGCGAUAAGACGCGACGACUUACCAAGAGGUGUAAACCGGAGACCAAUACCAAAAAAUCCACCAAAGGCGAGCGAUCGAACAAGAAAUCGGGCAAGCAGUAAUCGUCAGCCAAUCGUCUCUUCUAAUUGGGCAACGAAAGCGCACUCCCAUCUCUUCGGAUCCUUACCGUAUCUCGAUCUUUUCUCGAAUUACCGAUUGAUUGCGAGGCAGGUCAUAAAAUUUUGAUGGGAAAGAUCGACGCCAAUCGAAGCGUUUAUUAGCACAUUACUGCCUAGUAAUCAUGUAUUUCGAAUGCGGCGGGGCAACGUGUGUGUCGCCCGCAAUUAAACUUUCAGGGUGCGCUGCCGUCAGUUAAUUAUUAAACACAUUAAUUACUGUUAAUAAUUCAGGUUAAUGUGCACGUCUCGGUGAUCGUUUCUGUUCUCGGCAACAACGUGAAAGCUGUUAAUCCUUCCGGGAUGAAUUGUGUUGCUUGUAUCCGCGGUUUUGGCAGUUGGCGGUAAACGAGGGAUAAACAAACGAGAAAGACCGUCGUUCAUAUAUAUUCGUUUUCAGCGUCGUAUCUCUGUCCGAGUUCUUUUAUUUUAACCCGUUGACACAAUUUGCAACAGGUUCUAGAUAGAGAAGAGUUAUUGAUCACAUAACGGUUUUCUAAAAAUGGAUACGUUGGCAAGAUCUCGGAAGGGUUAAGCCGCGCGAUCAGCCAGAGAAUUGAUUGGUAACCGAUACGUAACCGUGUUUUCGAGAUGACGAAAAUUAAAUACAACUACUCGUCAGACAUACAGUGAUGCAGUUUGUGCAACGUUAUUCAUCUCUCUCUGCCCUGGGUCUUCUUCCUCCCCUCCUUCCCUCCUCGCCCCGCCCGAGUAUAUUUUUCUCUGCAAAUGUUUUCGACGACGUGACACUUUUCCCUUGACAGCUUGAGUGAAAACAACGUUUGAGUGACGUUAGCUUUUCUCGAACGGGUUUCUUGCAACCAAUCUGCACCACUGCGUUGUACUGCGAUUAAACGAGCGUAGCGAUCGUAGAACUCGUCGACUAGAAGCAAUCGCUUAUAUUCUUGAAGGUAUUGCAGAAGAUAAAGGUCAUCAUCUGCCAAAGCUGUUCUCUCGUCUUCCUUCAAAAUGAUCACAUAUUAUUAUUAUUAUUAUUAUUGCUAUUAUUGCUAUUAAUAAUUAUAUUAUUGUUUAUUACACACACACACACAAAGAAACGCAGCAGUGACUCCCCUUUGGCUUAACUGCUGACCCACUUAAAAAUCAUGUACAAUAUUCGUCAUGUUAUAAACAGCUCUCAUUCAAUUCUCACAUAAAUAUACAGUGUUCGGUGUUCGAAGUAACUUUGUCCUGUGUGUCAUGUAACAUGCGCGAGAUAUUCCGACAAUUAUUACGCCGAUGCGAAGAUUCAACCCUCAAAAGAAGAGGAUUCGCGAAGAUAAUAAGCUAAACGAUGUCCGUCUUUGUGCGUGAGAUUUUCAAAAAAAAAAAAAACAAACAAACAAACAAACAAAACUAUAACGGCGAAUCAAAAA